GAUGUUGUGUGUGUAUGUGUGUUGUAGUUUUAUAUCAUGUCGCUACAAAAUUGAGAAAAGAACCGAUGUGACGUCCACACAAACAACAGCUAUCUCUCUUUGUGGAGACUAAAUAAAAGGUCAGGCCUACCCUUGGAUAAAAAAAGGUCUGAAACGAGUUACAGGAACACUCUUGUUGAUUUGCAAAAUGGACGAGAAAAGUAUGACACCUAGACACCGAGACGUUGUAGUCAAACUUCGGGAACGAAUCGAGCAAUAUAGAAGACGUCACUCUGAUUGCCAAACAAAGCAGGAGCGUUCUUUAGCAGUAAUAGAAAAUCAGGAAAGGCAAGAARCUAUUAUACUCCAACAACGAGUGUUGGAAGGUCGGAACCCGAAGCUUGUGAACAAAUUGAAACAACAAGAUAUAUCGAAGAUCGAACAUCCAUCAAAUGGCCUCGAACUAAAGUCCACGAAUGCAAUUCUCCAGCAGCAAAUAAUCUUGAAGCGGAAACACGAUCAGGGGAUAAAUAACUUGAACUGUGAUGGUGAAACUGGGAAAAUUGGCGAAAGUUUGUCGAAAUAUCCAAGGAGCGAUGAUAUUCAUGCUACUGGCCUGUCGGCGGCGCAUGAACAUCAAAUGUCUAUACACACGGUUCAAAGCGACCAGCAAAACAACCCAGGUAGUCAGUCUGAUUCGAUAAAUGCUGAAAAUGUAACUAAUGCUUCUCUAGUUGGAAGUAAUGGACAUUUUGUUGGGGACACUUCGAGGAGUUCACCUUUAUUACGAGCCUCAGGAACUCAUACUUCAGAAGCUUUUCAAAAUGCCAGCCGAGUAGCAUCGCCGAACUCCUUACCGCCAACCGAGUUCAAACAAGAAUCGCAUUCUGUUGCAGUCACUUGCGAUGGUGGAAGAAAUAUGCGCAAUUCUAAUGCUCCUAGAGAUAGCAUACCCAAUGGAGUUGGGUUAAGCAACUCUACGCGGUCCAGUACGGAGAGUAAAACCGCCGACUCGGUUGCUGGUCAGGAACUACAACAACAACUGAAUGAUUUUGAACGAGUUCUCAUGAAAAUUUCUAAUAGCGAUAUGUAUAAAAAUACGAGUAUAAACCCCGAUAUUUCCAGCCAACAUCAUCAAUUGUCACGACAAACGCCUUCGCAGAUCGACCCUGUAACAAGAGACGUUAUAAAUCCAUCACAACAACCUAAUGUACAGAAUCCAUCUUCUGCACCGCAGAAUCCUUACCCGAACCCCCCUGCACAGGGCCCCCCUGGACCGACAGCUUUACAUUUGCAACAGUUGGCCAGGCAAGCUCAAAAUCAGAGAGUCCAAGCAAGUGGAGGCUAUAUAGAUGGCCAGGAACAAGAUACUAGUCAGUAUAAGUCUCAGCAGAUGCCUUUCAUGGAUGCUUUCAGAUUUUCAGCAUCAGGGUCACAACAGCAGUUACCAAGUCAAAAUAACAUGCARCCMUCUCACUUCUCAGCAGCAAACCGAUUUCGAGGUCCCAUGGCCACCAAUAGUGAUCARUUUGGCAACAUGUACUCAAAAGACCAGAAUCAAAAUGUGAUAAUGUCAACAGGAUUCCCUUCAACAGURUCACAAUAUCAACGCAUGAUGACCCAAGCACAACAGCAACAACAACAACARCARCAGCAACAACAGCAAGCAAUGUAUUCAAGAAUGACCCAACAAGGAAUGGCGCAGCGGCUUUCUCAUCCUACCAUCCCUGAACACCAGCAAACACCAUAUCCACAAUAUCAAACACAUCAGACGCGAUACAAUAAUGUAAUGCCAAAUCUACCAGCUUACUCAACUAGUGGUUAUCAAAACAUUCGAUCAAAUCAAAAUUUUCAACGUCAAAUGUCUAUGCCUGCACAGGGAUACCAUGACCAGUAUGCKCAACCGGCUAUGAAUCAAUAUCCUCUUGGGGAUCAACAAGUUCCAAAUCAACCUUCACAGACUGAUCUUUCAUCAUCUUCUUAUCAUAAUUAUAACCGGAGGAAUUCAUUUCCAGUGUAYCAUCGAAGUAUGAGUCAACCUGUUGCUAAUUAUGGGCCUGGAGGACCUCAUCCAGGAGGUGCCUUGCCAAACAAUCCAGGAACACAUCCUGGAUAUCAGGCACAAAUGAAUCAAAUGAGAAACRCUAUGCCAGGAUCAAACCCGACAAACCCAAUGAUGGACAAUAGAAAUAAUCCACCUGCGGGGUAUACUAAUUAUAAUAGUCGGACUUCUUUUGCAUCUCAAUCAGGUUUACAAGGACUUAUGCAACUUCCUCAAAGAAAUGGACCUGCUAUGUCUCAGACAGGCCCAGUAAAGGCCAGAACUGAUCAACAAAAUAUGGGUUAUACAUCAAGCACACAAAAUUUGUCACAAGAUAUGAAGUAUUCGACAAGAAAUGAUAUGCCAAAGAACACAAGGGGGCCAUCAUUUAAUGAUCCUUUGGCUCUCACAGAUCCGACAUCAACUUCGAGUAAUGACUCUCAUUAUAACCCGUUUUCGCCAUUAGGAUCUCUUGAAAAGGCUCCUUCGUUUGCAUCUUUACUAGAUCAACCCACUGGUUCUCUCAAUAAUUUGGAGACUACGUACACUGGGUCUAUACCGAACCUAGAUUUAUUAGGUGAAAUCAUAGGUCAAUAGCAAAUGAUGUGGCAAUGCUACCAAUACGUAUUUGUAAAGCAAAGUGUUAAUUUACAGGUUAUGUAAUAACUUGUUUCAGUGUUUUAUUCAAAAAAUCUUAAACAAGUGAAUUUAUUUACAAAAGUAUCUUCAAUAUAGUAUAAUAUAAAUAGUAAAAUAGCUCAGAUCCCUCUUUAUAUGCACAUUUUUACACCAUUAACAGUGUGUAAGAGACUCGGUAGGUUACAGUGUAACAUAAAGCCAAUGGUAGCAUGAGAUGAACAUUUUGAUAAGAAACCAAAAGUCAUUGAUUCGUCAACCACAUCUAUUGAGCUUUCACAUGGUCAUUGAGGAGAAAUAUAGAAGYUUUUCUAAAGACCUCUUAACAAUACGCUCAUAUAACAGUGGAAGUUCAUGCAUUUAUUAAUGAUCCAGAAUGUGUUGUUGGUUUAUGUUACACAGUAUUCAAAUGCUUAGGUUUCAAGAUAGGAAGUUUAGAGCAAAGCUUUUAGAUGAAUAUACUUUUAAAGUAUUUGCACAUUGAUACUUUCCAACUUUGUGAAUCUUUAAAGCAUGAAUGGCUCUUUCCAAAGGAGUGUCAGUCACUGAUACCAAAUGCCAAAAAUGGAAUAACAAUGUAUGAUUUUUAUAUUUCAUCAAAUAUCUUUUAAUCUCUACUUUGAAAUAAGUGUAAAUAUACAUAGAUAUAUGUAACUUAAAAUAAAGUCAUUGCUGUGCAAUACAAUCAAAUGGUUCUCAUGUUCAAAACCUCCACCUGUUGUAGUAUUUGUUUUUAAUAUUCAUUUUAAUAAAAAAACGAACUAGAU